GAUGGAACGGUUUAUGAAAACACUCCGAACCGUUCGGUUCGACUGUCUCGGUUCAAUUCGCGUGUGUUCCGUUCGGUUCAUGCACUGCUCCUUUUUCUCAUAGGCGAAGCGUGUACACUCCAGAGCAGAAGGUGGCGGUACUGCGCCUAAAGUCAACCGCCAGUAGUAAACAAGAAGAUGUAGCAAAGCAACCUAGGCGGCAGCAGAUGAAAAUUAGUUGUGGAGAGUAGUGUGGCUGGCGAGUGGGAAAGGACAGGAGCUGGAAGACGCGCCAGCAGCACAUUAUAGGUCUGCUGUAUGGGAGCAUUUUGCUUUCAGAGUGACCUACGAUGACGGCGGCAAGAAAAUUGUCGACAAAAGUGCCACAGUUUGCAAACAUUGUGCAACGCGUGUUGUGUAUGUUAAUAGCAACACAAGCAACAUGUCGGCUCACCUGCGGAGACAUCAUCCCAGUGAGAAAAUUGGCAGUGCAAGGGGGAAAGGGGCAGAGGCGAAAGGACAACUUCUACUCCCCGCAGCUUUUAAACAGGCAUACGGGGACGAGUCAUACAGGGCGAAAUGCAUAACUAAAGGAGUGGCAUAUUUCAUCGCCAAAGAUAUGCAGCCUUAUUCCGUGGUGGAGGGUGCGGGAUUCCGUCACAUGAUUAAAGCACUGGAGCCACGAUAUAAAAUCCCCUCCCGCAAACACUUCAGCAACAAGGUAAUACCCGCACUUUAUGAAGAGACCCGACAAGAAAUUGUUAAAGAGUUGUCUGACACAGCAUCAGUAGCGCUAACUAGUGAUGGAUGGACCCCCAGAGCUACUGAAAGUUUCCUGACUGUGACUGUCCAUUACAUUACCUCAGAAUGGGAGAUGAAAAGCUCCGUUUUACAGACGCGCCCCCUUUAUGAGAGCCAUACUAGCGAGCAUCUCUCUGAAGCACUGACAGAAGCAGUGACAGAAUGGAAGUUGCAGAGGGGCAGCAGCACAAUCCCUGUUACUACAGACAAUGCAAAAAAUAUGGUGAAUGCAGUCAAUGCAACAGCUGGACUGGGGCCACAAAUUGGCUGCUUUGCACAUACUGUUAAUCUUGCAGCCAAGAAUGCAGUCUCAAUAAAUCAGGUAUCCCGGCUCCUGGGGAAGAUGAGGAAAGUGGUGGCAUUUUUCCAUCGGAGCACAACAGCCACCCACGCCUUAAAAACUAAACAGGAGAUGCUGCAAUUGCCAGUUCACAAACUAAUUCAUGAUGUCCCAACUCGUUGGAACACAACAUAUGACAUGCUGGAGCGUUAUUUGGAGCAGCAAGCUUCCAUCUAUUCUGCUCUGAUGGACAAAGAUUCUCAAACCUCUGAAGAAUGUAACAACACUCAUGAGCACAGAAACAUCCCCUUCAGUGUCCAUGAUCAUCCCGCUGCAGAAGAUGAUACUGAAAUCCAUGACACUCAGUGAAGAGGACAGCGCCACCAUCAAAGAUGCUAAGGCAGCCAUCACUAAAAACCUGAAAGACAGAUACGGGGAUCCUGAUCUUCAGGACUAUCUGCACAGAAGCACAGCCCUGGAUCCAAGAUUUAAGUCCCUGCCCUACUUGGAAGAAGACUCUAUUCAGAAAAUCUACAGUGUUCUCACCAGAGAGAUCAUGGAAAUUGAAGAGCAGGUUCAACCCAGAGAAGCCCAGGUGGCCAGUUCAUCCUCAGCUGGAGAGCCAGAGGCAUCAAAAGAAUCUCCUCCUCAGAAAAAAUCUGUCAUGGCAGAGCUUUUUGGAGAGCUCUUUACAUCAGAGAAGGGAACCACCAAGACUUUGUCCCAGAUCACUGAGGAGGAGUUCAUGGCAUACAGGCUCACAGGAUGCAUUCCUGUGGAUGAAAAUCCACUUGCAUGGUGGAGAAGCAACGAGCACAAGUACCCUCAUAUUGCUAAAUUGGCUCGACGUUACCUUGCAGUCCCAGGUACAUCUGUACCAAGUGAGAGAGUUUUCUCUACAGCAGGAGACAUUGUCCAUGCAAGUAGAUCUCGUCUUUCGGCAGAGAAUGUGGACAAACUGAUCUUCUUGCAGAAGAACAUGAGAAUACAAUGAGUAGAGCCUUGUUGUUUAAGCAGUGCAGUAUGUGUUAGUUUGGUUUAUGCUAUAUUUUAUAUUGAUGAUUAUUUACUGGAUUAUUUAUUUUGUUAUUUGAGAUAACACAGUGGCACUUUAAGUUUGUAAGAAAUCCAGCCUUAUUUUUCUUUGAUUGUUUUUCAUACACUGCACUUUCAGUUCAAGAGAAAGUUUUGAGUUUUGAGUUCUGUUUACCAAAUAAAUGAAGCACAUGU